AUGCUUUGUCACUGUCUUUCAGGCCAGGAGCGUUUUGGAAAUAUGACACGAGUGUACUACAAAGAGGCAGUUGGGGCUUUUGUGGUCUUUGAUGUCACAAGAGGCUCCACUUUUGAGGCUGUUUCAAAAUGGAAGCAUGAUUUGGACAGUAAAGUGCUACUUCCCAAUGGCAGUCCCAUCCCUGCAGUUCUUCUUGCAAAUAAGUGUGACCAGAAAAAGGAUGGCAGCCAGAAUCUCUCUCAAAUGGACCAAUUCUGCAGAGAAGGCGGCUUCGUUGGGUGGUUUGAAACCUCUGCCAAGGAUAACAUCAACAUAGACGAAGCAGCUCGAUUCUUGGUGGAAAACAUCCUUGCGAACUACAAAACCUUUCCUAAUGAAGAGAAUGACAUGGGGAAACCAAAACUGGACCUAGACCCAUUGAAAGCGGAGAGUAAAUCACAGUGCUGCUAAUGUUACCAAUGCUCAGUGUGAACAUGAUGGAAUGAGCAGCAAGACUGUUCCUUAAAUCACACAGCUGCUAUGGUGCUGCGUUGUGACAAUCCACAUGGGGUGCCUGGUAUUCUUGGAAUAGGUGAUAAUUGUGGGUGUUAACAUAUUCUUGUUUAGCAUGGAACUGAGUAUGUGGUGAGUGAUAUUGUUCUACUUUCUUGAGUGGCU